AUGGCCACCAAAGUUGUGGAUCUGAUAUACUGGCGUAAUGUGGCGAAAACAGGGGUGGUGUUCACAGGGCUGGUGGUGGCCCUGGCCAGUCUGUUCCAGCUCAGUGCCAUCACGGUGCUGUCCCACCUCUGCCUGGGCGUCAUGUGUGUCACCUUCCCCAUCCGCUUCUACUACAAGCUGCUGGAGCUGCUGCGCUGGAACCCCGGGGUGCACCCCUUCCAGUCCUAUCUGAAUGAAGACAGCACUCUGACAGACAAGGACACAGUGAUGCUGGUAGAAGAGGUGGUGCUGCUGAUCGCCUUCGCCGUCACAGAGAUCAAACGUCUGCUUUUCAUUGAAAGCGUGAUCGACUCCGUGAAGUUUGUUGCACUUCUGUAUCUGUUGACCUAUGUGGGCUCCCUAACCAACGGACUGACUCUGGUUAUAGCUGCUGUGAUCGCUCUUUUCUCCCUUCCUCUGUUGUACAAAAAGCAGCAGGGACGGAUAAGAAGGCUGGUUAGAGCUGUGAAGGCUUUCAUAAAGAAAGUCAAAAACAUAUUUCUUAACAUAUAUGAUAUGGUGAAAUCCUCCUCUGCCUCUGCGCCUACCCCGCCUCCUGCAUCUGCCCUCAAACAGAAAGUCAAGUCAAACGACACCCCAGAGUAUCAUGAGGAGCUGCAGCACCAGAAUGAGGAGUGA